AUGAGAGUAUACAUAUUUCUCUGUUUGAUGUGCUGGGCAAGAUCUGAGAAUAAAAGACCAUGCCUUAAAUUCUCUGAACUAAGUAUAAAGGAUUCCUUCAGAGAUUUGUUUAAUCCCCAAACAGAGAUGUUUCUGAUAAUGUAUACAAGGAACAACCAACACUGUGCUGAGCCACUGUUGGAGCAGGAUAACUCACUUAACGUGAACUUUAACACAAGUAAGAAAACAGUCUGGCUUAUUCAUGGAUACAGACAUGGCUCCAUUCCAUCAUGGCUUCAGAACUUUCUAAGGAUUUUGUUGGAUCAAGAUGAUAUAAAUAUAGUUGUAGUAGAUUGGAACCGAGGUGCUACAACUUUUAUUUACAACACAGCAGUUAAAAACACCAGAAAAGUUGCUGUCAGUUUGAGUGAGUGCAUUCAGAGGCUGUUGGAACAUGGAGCAUCUCUUGAUAAUUUUCAUUUCAUAGAUGUGAGCUUAGGGGCUCAUAUUAGUGGAUUUGUUGGAAAGAUAUUUAAAGGUCAACUUGGAAGAAUAACAGGAGUUGACCCUGCUGGGCCAAGCUUCUCCGGAAAACCAUCAAAUGGCAGAUUACAUCACACCGAUGCAAAGUUUGUGGACGUCAUCCACUCUGAUACCAAUGGUUUGGGCAUUAAAGAACCCUUGGGACAUAGAGAUUAUUACCCAAAUGGAGGAAAAAAGCAACCUGGUUGUCCUAAAUCAAUAUUUGCAGAUAUACCAUUUAUUAAAUUCAGCCACCAGAGACCAGUUUUCCUGUUCAUGGCAGCUAUGGAAACCAACUGCAAUUUUAUUUUAUUUCCUUGUCAUUCAUACAAAGAUUACAAAACCGGUUCAUGUGUGGAGUGUGACAACUUUAAGAAAAAGUCUUGUCCCAGGCUAGGAUAUGACGUGUUUGGGGAGGUGUACCACAACUGCAAUAUGCCCUAUUAUUUUGUUCUCAGUAUAACUGUUUUGCAUAACACUAGGAAGGAUGGCUAUAUUACAUUUAAAUUAUUAAACCAGCUUGGAAAAGUUGAACAACCAAGGCUCUAUGAGAAGAAUAAAUUAUUUUAUAAACUUCAAGAAGUCAAGAUUCUUGCUCAAUUUUUAAGUGACGCUGUUAAUAUUUUGAGCAUUGUGUUGGCGUAUUAUCAGAGCUCGAAUCAGCACUGCUCCGCCAGGCACAGCGUCCAGCGUCUCAUGUUAAGAUCACUCACUUAUCCAGAAAGACCACCACUCUGCAGGUAUGAUUUUGUACUUAAAGAGAAUGAGGAAGUAUAUCUCAGUCCACAUACCUGCACACCAGGGGAAAUAUAA